UCUCAAACUAUAAGCGGAAAUAAUUUUCCAAGGAUUGUUUUUUUUCUGAGAAAUUUUAUGAUUCUCGCUAAAUUAUCGUUUGCUAGUAAUUCUAAACCUGAUCAAAAGCUUGAUAGUUUCAUAGUCUUUGUUUAAGAUGUAUUGUCAUUUAUAGUAAUAUCUAAUUUUUUGCUGUGACUACAAUAAUAUUUUACUGUUUUACGAACAUGGAAUACGACUCAGAUAUCGAAAGUGAAGACGAUGCAGCGCCCGAUCUUACAACUAGAGAUGAAUCGGGGGCACAGGAGAAUCAAGAAAGCCUGUCUGCUCGGCCAUAUCAAGUCGAACUCUUGGAAAAAGCCUUGGAGAAAAACAUCGUUGUGUGUCUUGGUACAGGAACGGGCAAGACUUUCAUAAGCGUUUUGCUGAUCAAAGAAUUGUCACAUCAAAUAAUGAAGGAUUAUGAGGACGGUGGGAAAAGAACAUUUUUUCUUGUUAAUACAGUUCCUUUGGUUGCCCAGCAACAUAAAGUGAUAGUCCAGAACACUGACCUUUCCGUUGGUAAAUACGUCGGAGAGGACGGGGUAGAUUUUUGGGAAAAAGAAAGGUGGCUUAAAGAGCUAAAGAACCACCAAGUUCUUGUCAUGACGGCUCAAAUCUUUGUUGACAUGCUUGGACACGGGAAAAUUCAGUUGUCGAAAGUGAACUUGAUUGUGUUCGAUGAGUGUCAUCACGCCAAGAAAGAGCACCCUUAUGCCCAGGUAAUGAGGUACUUUACGGCAUAUAAUCGUAAUGAACACCCAAGAGUUUUAGGCCUCACGGCUUCUAUCGUAAACGGAAAAGUGAAACCUCACAGAAUAGAACAAGAAAUACAAACCUUGGAAAGGAUACUAAGAGCAUCGUGUGAAACAUCGAGUGAUGAAUGUGUUGGACAGUACGCCACUAAACCAACAGAACACGCCCAUCCUUACUCAACUAGUGAAGAUGUAAGCGCAGAAGAAAAACAGCUACAAGAGCGUCUUAAUCAGGAGGUUCUUUUUCCAUGGGAUGAGUUUCUUAAUGAUGUUCGAGACAAAAGUGAGGUUAUGAAACUUUCGAAGUCUAUCGUCAAGGAAUGUAUUGAGACUUUGGAGGUUUUAGGGGCGUCGGCAGCUAAUCGCGUCGCCGAGUAUUUCCUUGAUAUUACAGACCGGUUUUCCAGGACUCGUGGACUCUUGAGUAGCGAGUACUCUCAUUGGUUGAUGGGGUACAAUUCAACCCAGUUGCGUCAAGUUCAAAAGAUUUACAAAACCUACAAAACCAAGCUGUAUGGACCUUCAAAUAACAGUGUUCAACACGUGUCGGCCAAGGUUAAGGCACUGGUUGAAAUCUUGAAGCAGUAUGGAACAGGCGACAAAAAACUCUGUGGUAUAGUUUUCGUACAACGACGAUGCACAGCAGCCGUGCUUUGUGAGCAGAUUAACCUGUUAUCUCGACAUGAUAAGGCGCUCAGCUUCGUCAAGUGUGAGUACGUCGUGGGACACGGUAUGGUUGGUACUGCGGCAAGCAGCGCUAAAGACAUGAGCUGUAAAAAGCAGGACAAGAUUUUGAGAAAGUUUAGGAACCAUGAGUUUAACUUGCUCAUUGCUACGAGCGUAGUGGAGGAAGGCCUUGAUGUUCCAAGAUGUAACCUCGUUGUUAGGUUCGAUUUUCCAAUGACCUUUCAAUCGUAUGUACAGUCCAAGGGUCGUGCCAGGGCCAAAGAUUCGUUCUACAUCAUACUUCUACCAGAUGGCCAAGAUACAGCAGAACUAGAGAUGUACCAGGCAAUUGAAGAAUACUUGUCUAAUGUUUGUUACGACCGUCGUAUUCCAACUGACGAGGAAAGUACUGAGGCCGUGGAUACUGAUCUUCUACAGCCAUAUCGAACCAGGAAGGGGGCAAGUGUGACAAUGGCCAACAGUAUUGCAUUGUUAUGCAAAUACUGUUCUAAACUACCAGGUGAUAGAUUCACGCCUAUUAAUCCUGACUACAAGACUGUAGAGAUUGGAAAAGACGCCUUCCAAACUACUCUCACCAUGCCGAUAAACUGUCCAAUCAAAGAAAAGAUCGUGGGAGAUCCCAUGCCGAGGAAAAAGCAAGCCAAAAUGGCCGCUGCUUAUGAAGCGUGCAAACGACUCCAUCAAGAAGGAGAACUGGACGACCACCUCUUCCCAAUUGAAAGCUUGUCAGAUGAGGAAAGUGAGGACGAGGACCAGGACGUGGAAAUGGGAGACGCAGGACAGCCUAAAUCAGGGACUAAGAGGAAAAAACAAGUUUAUCCAAGAAAGGUUCCGGACAUUUUUCAAGAAAGUUUACCUACCGGGCCAAGAGACCGUUGCUAUUUGUAUGGCUUUACUAAAUCCCACAACAAGGCAACAGACAGUCAUUCUGUCGAGGAAGAAGUUCUGAAACUUGGGAUCCUGAUGACUUCAGAACUACCUCCGGUUCGUCGCUUUACACUCUAUCCCGACGAAGGUGCCAUUACCAUCUCUGUCAUACCCAUAGCAAAACCACAAAGAUUAACAGAUGCUCAGCUUUCACUCAUCGACCAAUUCCACUCCAGGAUUUCAUCAGAAAUGCUACGCAAUUCCUUCGAGAGGCAAAAUGUCAACGGAUAUUAUAUAAUUCCACUGAGAACAUCAUCCAGUACAAGAAUGGACAAAAUUCAGAUCGAUUUUGAUAGAGCAGAGAAAGUUCUUUGUCAGGAAAAAGCGGUAGGAAUAACAAGACUGGAAGACGUGAAGAGUGGUGAUUCAAUCAUCACUCCAAUGCACAGACCAAGAGAGAGGUUUAUCAUUGAAGACAGCUGUACAAACUUAAGCCCAAUGAGUGCAUUCCCUGAACGAAGCAAGGCGAAGACUUACGAGGAGUACUUUCGGAAGGAAUACCCAUCUUUGCAGAGAAUUACUCGGAAAGCCCAGCCGUUGAUUCUUGUAAAGAGCAUGCCCCAGCGAGUGAACUUUCUUGUCGACAGGAAGAAAGUGAAAUCGAAAGAAAAAACGAAAAAAGAUAUUCACUUUAUUCCUGAGCUUUGCACGUUAGAACCGUUUUCUGCCCAACUUCUUCUUGAGGCAAGAGAACUUCCAUCUAUCCUGCACAGAAUGACAUCCUUGCUGCUAGUAAUGGAAAUGAGGAAACUAAUUGCUGAAGGAUGUAGGGUUGAUGUACAGCAGUUCAGUGUAGAACAGAACGAAGAAGACCUAUCGACAAUUGGUGGAGAUAUUGUAGCGGGCAACACAAUGGUGGAGAUCCCGGUACCACAAAGAUUUGCACUGAGCUCUAAACGUGAUAAAUAUAACAAGGAAUUUGAGUCAGUCAGCAAAAAUCUUGAUAGUCUAUUUUCAAAGAAUCGAACCAACUUUCUUCAACCCGAUUCAGCUCUUCUUUUGCAAGCUUUGACAACGAAGGGCGCUGGUGAUGCGUUUGACCUGGAACGACUCGAGAUGCUUGGCGAUGCCUUCCUCAAACAAGCGGUCUCGAUUUACCUCUUCUGUUUUUAUACGAACAAAGAUGAAGGCAAACUAACCCGACGUAAAGUGAGUCAAAUCAGUAACCUGAAGUUGUACAAAGUAUCAACCGCUCAUCACCUUCCUGGGUACAUGCAAACAACCGUUCUGGAUCGAAAGUCUUGGGCGCCACCAUGCCUUCAAGUCAAACCUCUAAGCACAGGCAAGAUUCUUCAAGAACGUUUCAAUAGUAAGAAAAAGGCAAAGAGGCAGAAGCUCGACUCCGAGUCAAAGCAAGAAGAUUUUGCAAGCCAGACGAUAUCUGACAAGUCGGUUGCCGACAGCAUUGAAGCAUUGAUCGGUGCUUAUCUAGUGUCUGGUGGGUACAAGGGAGCCUUGUAUUUCCUUGACUAUCUAGGAAUAAAGGUUCUUCCAGACGAGGACAACGCCGCCCCCUCCGGCUCACCAAGCAACUACGCGUCCUUCCUUACUCCACCCUGCGAUCCGCUCCCAUCCUCCCGCCCUGAGGACCUCGAAAAUGCUGCACUCGAACUUCAGGGAUUUGAACGUCGCAUCAAUUACGAAUUUCGCAAUAAAAUCUAUCUCCUUCAAGCCUUAACUCAUGCCUCGUAUGCGCACAAUAGACUGACUCCCGACUGCUAUCAACGACUCGAGUUCCUUGGCGACGCGGUCCUCGAUUUUGUCGUUACGGAAUGUCUGUACUCCAGGAACCAACGCCUCUCUCCUGGUGAGCUGACAGAUCUGCGCCAGGCUUUAGUGAACAAUAACAUCUUUGCCAAAAUUGCCGUUGAAUAUGGUUAUCACAAGUGCCUUAAACAGACUUCACCGGAAUGGUUUAAAAAAAUCGGGGAUUUUGUCCAGAAACUCGAGGAUGACGAAGAAGAGGGCAAACCAAAGAUAAGCGACGAGCCAUUCCUCAUCAUGUCCGACAAGGACGACGAAGCAGUCGAAGCGCCCAAAGUCCUGGGUGACAUCUUUGAGUCAGUAGCUGGUGCAAUAUUUCUGGACAGCGGUAUGGACGUGGUCGUCACGUGGAAGGUCUACUAUCGGAUGAUGAAGCCUUACAUUGAUUACUAUUCGGAGAACGUACCGUAUAACCCAAUCCGAUUGGUACACGAGAACGAUCCGGACUUGAAGUUCAGUGAGGCCCGGGUACUGGAUGAUGGUAAGAUCGAAUGUGAAUUGGAGGUUUCGUGGGGUAGAUUCACAGGCAAGGGAGCCAAUAAGAGGAUUGCUAAGGCGGCUGCCUCUCGUCGAGCCAUGGAAGAACGCAAGAAACAGCAGACAGCAUAAGGGAGAUUUUACCAUACCUAGAAAUAUCGUAUCAUUUCAGUUCUACACUUUACUAAGAUCAUAUGGAUUUCAAUGUGUUCUCACACUCUUCAAUCUCCAUUUUUAGCAUAUGAUAGAUGUCCCGUUUUCUUAAUUUUUAAUUUUUUUUAGGGGAGGGGGGUAAAAUGGGAGCUGGGAUUCGCCUUUUGGGGGGUGGGAAAAUGGGAUCUUUAUAUGCACUGUGAAUGGGAUUCGCAACCAACGAAAGAGCGAUCACAAAAUGGGAAUGGGAUUGAGAUUUGAACAAGACAUCGGCUGGGACUAUGGGAUUGAUGUCAAAAUGGGGGCUGGCAAAUGGGAUUAGGACCAACCCCUUCAGAACCCUCAAUAUAAUCGUACGCAAAACUGCGAAAGUGCGUAGAAAUUGAACUUAAACUACCGACUUUAUAAUAAAAAAAUUAAGAAAUUAAA